GUUGUUGCAUUACUAAAAAAAUUAAGUGAAGUUACUGGAAUCAAUGUUACCAUCGACAAUCUAUGGAUAAUAGGGGACCCAUUACUGGUUGAACAAGCCCAUAAAAAUGAAACUUUGAGAAAGGUGAACGAAUGGUUCAGCGACGCUCUCUAUAAAGAAGUGAUCAGGAUCUUUAACAAGGUGCUAGCCUAUAAAAAUGGAAUCUAUAGUGAGUUCAACUACAAACUCAGAUCAGAUAGCUUUCAUCUAUUGAAGCACUGUUAA